AAAAAACAAAACAUGCAGCGAAUCAUCGCCGCCCUCGCCCUCAGCGGCGCCAGCGCGUUCGUGGCGCCGGUCGCGAAGACCUCCGCCGUCGCACGCGCGAGCGACGCGACGGAAACUGCCGCGCCGGCCAAGACGGGGUUCACCUACGCGGACUUGAAGGCUCGUUUGCGGCGUCUGUUCCACUGUCGGCCUUCACGCCGUCGACGCGCCGCCGUCGCGACAGAUUGCGAGACCAAAAACACGCGCAGGCGCUCGCCAAGGAGCAGAACCCGAUCGUGGGCUACUUCGACCCGCUCGAGCUCGGCGACAAGGACUUCUGGGAGCAGGGCAACGAGGCGACCAUCGGCUUCCUGCGCGAGGCCGAGAUCAAGCACGGCCGCGUCGCCAUGGCCGGCUUCGUCGGCUACCUCGUCCACGCCAAGGGCAUCACGUGGGGCUUCCCCAUGACGAUGCAGGGCGACAAGUGGCCCGAGCUCGGCGACGGAGGCGUGGCGGCGCUCUGGGACAACCUCAAGGCCGGCGGCAAGUGGCAGAUCAUCGGCUUCGUCGGCUGCCUCGAGUUCUGGCGCGAGCUCCAGACCUACGAGACGGCGGGCAAGCGCGACGCGCACUACAUGCGCGGCGGCCUGCCGGGCAAGUACCCCGACUUCGAGGGCCCGCUCCCGAACCUCUACUGGGGCCUCGGCGCCGGCAAGAAGACGCCCGAGCAGCUCGCCAAGGGCCGCAACGCCGAGAUCAACAACGGCCGGCUCGCGAUGCUCGGCCUCUUCGGCUUCUUCGCCGAGUCCAAGGCGCCGGGCUCCGUGCCCUUCCUCACGCAGUUCGACUUCCCGGCGUACGGCGGCGACUUCAUGCAGCCCUUCGAGGGCAACUUCGAGCUGUUCGGCGGCAACUAG